AUGGAAUACGUAAACCAACGCGUAGCCCAGGAGGCUGCCAAAGCCUCCUCAGAGAUAUACACUGGGCUCGUCACGCCUCUCAAUGUCAUUCUCGCAGUCAUCACUCUCUACACGACAUACUUGCUCUACAAGCCCUCUCCUCCCGCGACACUUCCGCGCGAACCGCCCGCCGUCGUCUUCCGGGUCUUCACCCCACGCACUCUACUACCUUAUAACGGAGAAAACGGCAUGCCAGUAUUUCUGGCUGUGCGAGGUCGGAUUUUCGACGUUACGAGCGGCCGCAACUUCUACGGGCCCGGUGGCCCCUACGAGAACUUUGCCGGUCGCGAUGCUAGCCGUGGCCUAGCUUUCCACAGUUUCGCUGAGGAUAUGCUGACCAAGGACCUCGACGGACCUCUCGACAAGCUUGAAGGGCUCGGUUCUGAGGAGUUUGAGAGCUUGAAAGGUUGGGAAGAGAGGUUUUUGAGCAAGUACAUGGUUGUAGGAAAAUUGGUCGCACAAGGUGACGCUUAA